AUGUCGGAUCUCAACUCGUGGGAAGACUCGCCCGAUGCCCAGCAGGACCAGGACCUGUCCAGACAGGCACAGCAGAGCCUGAACAUGGGCGGCCAACAGCAGUACCAACAACAGCAGCAGCAGCAGCAGCAGCAGCAGCAGCAGCAGCAGCAGCAGCAGCAGCCACAGCAGCAGCAAAGAGGCGCUUUCCACCCUGGAAUGGGCAGCUUCCAGCCCGGAGCCGCUGCCUUCAACCCCGGCCAGGCCUUCUUCAACCCUGGUCAGGCAUACGGCCAACAGCAAUACGGCGGCUACGGCCAACAAUACGGCCAGCAGCAGCAGUACAACCAGUACGGAAACCAAGGAUACGGUCAGCAAGGCUACGGCCAGCAGCAGCAAUACUCGCAAUACGGCCAACAGGGCUACGCUCAACAAUACAACCAGUCCUACCAGCAACCCGCCCAGCAACAGCGCCAAGUACCCGUCAUUGCUAAGAGAGGUGACCAGUCCGCCGCAGACGCCCCCAAGGCCCCCGUCAAGACCCUCUCGCUCUCAGCCUCUGACACUGGUGCUUCAGCCCCCAAGGUCGAGAAGACUGGUGGAACAAAGGUCUUGAGCUUGGGCGUCCCCGCCGCUCCCAAGGUCGAGAAGACUGCCGGCACAAAGGUUCUCUCGCUUAAUGCUGAGCCCGCAAAGCCCGCACCUGUCAAGGAGACUGUCAACAAGGCCGAGGCUGGUGCUGGAAAGGCCGUCACUGCCGCAAAGGCUCUGGAGAAGACUGGCAACUCGCCCGCCGCUUCGUCUGGUCGCACCUCUCCUACUCCCUCUUCCGGUCGCAGCUCGCCCACUCCCGCCGAGAAGCGUGCUGAGGCCCGUCAAGCCGAUCUGGUCGCCGCUGAGCAGGCCGCUGAUGUCGACGAGGAGACCCUCAAGGACAUGUACGGCAAGGAGCACGUCAACGUUAUCUUCUUGGGUCACGUCGAUGCUGGAAAGUCGACUCUCGGUGGUUCCAUUCUGUACGCCAGCGGUAUGGUCGAUGAGCGUACCAUGGAAAAGUACAAGCGCGACGCAAAGGAGGCCGGAAGAGAGACAUGGUACCUGUCAUGGGCUCUGGAUUUGACCAAGGAGGAGCGUGCCAAGGGUAAGACUGUCGAGGUCGGAAAGGGCUUCUUCGAGACCGAGAAGCGUCGUUACACCAUUCUGGAUGCUCCUGGUCACAAGACCUUUGUGCCCAACAUGAUUGGUGGUGCCUCGCAGGCUGAUAUUGGUGUCCUCGUCAUCUCCGCCAGAAAGGGUGAGUACGAGACUGGUUUCGAGAAGGGUGGUCAGACUCGUGAGCACGCCGUCUUGGCCAAGACUCAGGGUGUCAACAAGCUCAUCGUCGCCGUCAACAAGAUGGAUGACCCUACUGUUGAGUGGAGCGAAGAGCGUUACAAGGAGUGCACCGGCAAGCUCGCUCAAUUCCUCAAGGGUGUCGGUUACAACCCCAAGACCGAUCUCCAAUUCAUGCCCAUCUCCGCGCAAACCACUCUCGGUAUCAAGGACCCCGUCCCCAAGGAGGUCUGCCCGUGGAACGACGCACCUUCCCUCCUCAACUACCUCGACAGCAUGCAAGCUCUGGAGCGCAAGCUCAACGCUCCCUUCCUGAUGCCCGUCGCCGCCAAGUAUCGCGACCUGGGUACCAUGGUCGAAGGCAAGAUCGAAUCCGGUGUCAUCAAGAAGGACAUGAAGUACCUCAUGAUGCCCAACCGCGUCGAAACCACCAUCUCAGCCCUCUACGGCGAGACCGAAGACGAAAUCCCCAAUGCCACAUGUGGCGACCAAAUCCGUCUGCGCAUCAAGGGUAUUGAAGAAGAAGACAUUAUGCCCGGUUUCGUGCUCUGCUCGCCCCGUCGCCCUGUAAACUGUGUCUCUGUUUUUGAAGCCCAGAUUGUGCUCCUCGAUAUCAAGUCCAUCCUCUCCGCCGGUUUUAACUGCGUCAUGCAUGUCCACGCCGCAACCGAAGAAGUAACCUUCGACGCCCUCCUCCACAAGCUCGAAAAGGGCACAGGCAGAAAAUCAAAGAAGGCCCCCGGUUUCGCAACAAAGGGAAUGAGCAUCAUUGCACGACUCAGAGUCACCAGCAACAAUGGCGCCGGUGUUUGUAUCGAGACUUUUGCCGAAUACCCGACUCUGGGUAGAUUUACCCUUCGUGAUCAGGGUCAGACUAUUGCCAUUGGAAAGGUCACCAAGCUUAUUACCGAGGAGUCUGCUUAA